AUGGGUUCCACCUUUGCCAAGCGUCGCGGCGUCGUCGUCGUCCUCCUGGCGGUUGCACUUUCAGUACUUACGGACCAUACUUGCGACGGACAAGAAAAACCAGAACCAGGACAAGGAGAAGACUACCAUGUCAAAAUCAUUAAUGCUCUGAGCGAGUCUGCUGUCCUCACGGUCAAUUGCUGGAGAGCCGAUAGAGGCCAUGCCGACGAUCUAGGAAGCCAGGAAAUAUAUUCGCUUGCCGAUUACACGUUCGACAUCCACGCUGAUAAUACAUUCUUAACAACGUACAAGUGCAGAUUUGAUUGGCUUCAUGAGUCCCACGAGUUUCUUAUAUUCUACCACGCCAGAGACAUGAUUCGAGGUAUAGAACUCGUGUGGAGUAUCACUUCAUCGGGGCCGUGCGUCUUCAAUAACUCAUCCGGUGGCACUAUCUGCUAUGAGUGGUCUUGA